AUGGCCGACACGACGAAGCGCAACAGUAUUGCCUCCAAGGCGGUCGCGACGCCAAAGACUGGCGGCGACUCGCUGGACUCUCUCAGCCAAUUGGGAAAGGCCAUAGGCGCAAGAGUCAAAGUCACCACGGCUGCACCCCACUCCCAGAUCUACGAGGGCACCGUCUUUACUGCAUGCCCCGUGCUUCACAUCCUCGCCAUCAAUACGCGACCCGCCCCACCCAACCCUGCCAGCAAUGUUGCCGCGCAGCCCGGCGACUACCACGUCAUUCCUUUCACCCGCAUUGCAUCUUUCCAAAUCCUCACCCCACAGCAGGGCGGAGACGGCAGUAUCGCCAAUGCGUUGCCUCCCAUUGGACCCGUGGAUACCAGGCAGUUACAGAAGCGUGAGACGGCGCUGAUCGAGCAGCUCAAGGCGCAGGAAAAUGAUCGUGGAAGAGGCGUCACGAGAGAGGCGCAAGCCAUCUACGACGCCUUCAAGAGAAUCAAUAUCCCCGUCCGUUGGCACAACCAGGAGAUCAUCGCUCUGGAACACGUCAUUAUUUCCUCGCCGUAUCGCCCAGAGGACUGCAAGGCCGGCAAGGAUAAGCAGGACUCGCUGGGUCGCGUGCGUAAGAUGCUCGAGGGCGAGAGGCGGAAGCUCAAGGAGAAAGAGGACAAGGAGCGAAAGGUCGGUGUUGCGACUCCGACAGGCCCCAGAAAGGGAGGUUGA